GAGGUUUUUCGCUAUUUUCAGCCUCUGGGGCCCUUCCCGGGCCUCGGGAGCGUCAAGAAACGACUCAGAAUGAAAAACUGGUCCCGGGGAAGGGGUCCAGGCAUCUGGUGGUCGGUGUUGCGGAAAAAAUAACGACGCCUGGGGUCUGGGAAAAUGUCUUUCUGCGUUCCACUCCGCAGGAGAUCUCCGAGCAGUACCCGACCGCCGUGACGCCCGCGGGCUUCACCUUCGCCAUCCCCGGUCUGGGGCCCCAUCUUCCUGCUGCAGGCCGGCGGCACCGCGCUGGUCUCGGCGGGGGGCGCGCCCGAGGCGAGCGCGACGCUCGCCCCCGCGUGGGUCGCCGCGUGGGCGGCCGAGGUCGCCUGGCAGCUCGUCUUCGCCUGCGCGCCCCGCCCCGCGGCGGCGGCGAAGCGCGAGAGGCGCCUGGCGGUCAUGGCGCCAGCCGCGGUACUGCUGUUGGCGGCCCAGGGCUCCAUGCUGGUCGGCGCCUUCCGCCUCAGCCACUCGCUGCGCUCGCGCGGCGCGUCCGCCUCGGCGGCCGUCGCGCUGCUGCUGGCGCUGCCGACGGGCAUGAACGCCGCGUGGCUCGCCGCUGCCUCGGGCAUCGGCCUCUCCAUCGUGGCGCAGCUCGUGCCCGCCCUCGCGCCCAUCGCCGCCCCGAAGGGCGCCGCGGUGCUGCUGCAGGGCGUCGUCGGCGCGGGCUUCUUCGCGGCCCCCGCGCUCGGCGGCUCGCCGGCCGCGCUGCCGCUCGGGCUGGGCUACUCGGGGGCCACGGCGUGGGCCUGCUUCGGCAUCUCGAGGGGCGACUCGCCGCGCCAGG